AUGACCCUCGCCACCCUCGACCAAAAGAAUUUCACCACAGAAUUUAGUGUCCAAGCCAUGGCGAUCAGUGAAAUCGUUUCGGACGAGUCGCUGUUGCCCGUGCUCGGCACCAGCGCAGAGACCCUGGCUCAAUGCCAGCAGCUCCUCGCCUUGCUGAAUCCAGACACCGUCCCAACCGACUCCCCCAGCACUCAGGAGCUCUCUCUCGCAGUGUCCAAGCAGCAAAAAUUGCUGUUCGCUCUGCUUGCGCAGCUUCGUGGCCAGAAUCGAGAUGCGAUCUUUCGCGUGCGCGACACCAAACACGCCACCGCCGAGGCUCGCCAGGAGAUCGACCGGCUGCACCUCCAAUUGCAGAACCUGUACUACGAGCAGAAACACCUCACUGGGGAGAUCGCUGCCUGCGAGUCCUACGAUCACAAAUACUUAUCACUGCCUCUCAUCCCGGUCGAGGAGUUCUUUGAGCUUUUCCCCAACCACCGAGAGUCCAACGAACAUGACCUGAUGGUUGCGCGCAUCAAUCACGAACAUGCCGAGCGCGAAAAACUUGAGCAAGCACGCCAGGAGCUGCUGAAGCGCAAGCAGGCUUUGAUUGCAGAGAACAAAAAGCGGAAGGAUGACCUGGCCAACCUAGACCAGGAUCUCGAGAAGUUCAUCGAUGCAGCCAAACCGAUCCAGAAGAUCUUUGAGAAGGAAUACUAG